AUGGUAUACGAAACCACCAUACUCCCGGGUGCCGGCAUUGGCAACAAUAUCAAGCUCGGUCAUACAUUGUACGAGGUCAUCAUUGAGUUGAACAAAUAUGAAUACAAAUACCAAGUGCUCUACUCUGAGAAGAAUUACUACGAGUCACCAAUACUCGUUCAAAUUAUUGAUUUGGACAUAAGACUAACGUUUCAGAAUAAACAAGAUCAGAUGUUGAGCUUGAUUGAGAUUCUACAUCUAGAUGAGAAAAAUAUUGGUAAACCAUUGAGACUACUAUACAAGAAUCAAUCCUUGAAUGAGUUUGAACAGAUCACUAGGCCGUCAUAUGACAAUGAUACUGACAAUUCAAAAGAACUGUCUUCAUUAGGUGUACAAAGCUCAAACUUGUCUAAUAGCUCCAAUGGAAUGGAAGAUGCAACUAAGCUUGUAUCAACUGGUCCUUCAUUUCAACUUAUUUAUAACAAAAUUCUUGGGCCGACAUAUCCAGGAGUACUCAACAAAACCUGCAAAUCCUAUAUUCUUUCGUAUCCAGGAAUUGCAUUUAAGUACAAAAUAGCUAACGGGGAUCUUUGUCGUAAAUUAAUGGAGCAAUCGAGUGAGUUGGUGUUGGAUACAUUGAUAAAUUGGGAUAAUCCACAUGAUAUCGUCUGUGAUUCGAUUGCAAUCUUCAAGGGUAAGACAUGGAAAGAGUACAAGGAAAAUAGUCAAGUGAUCCAAACUUCCACUUUUAAAGUUGAUCUCGAUAAUGGAGUCAUUGUCAUGGAUGACAUUCGAUCAAUCAAAAUUGGCAAAUCAACGCAACAAGAUGUCAUUGAUAUACUUGGUCCACCAGACGACAAAUUUAACAAGUAUGACUCGCGUUUACUCAUACAUAACUAUCUUGGUGAUGAUAGCUCAGAAGAAGCAAAGAAGGACUUUAGAAAUUGCAAAUUUCACAAUUAUUAUAAACUCGGUGUUGACAUCUUGUAUGAUUUGAAGAGUCCAGCAACAGCAUCAGAGAACACCUUAAAUAGUGUCGUUAAUAAAGUCAUACUUCACAAUGGCGGUAUUGUGGAAGAUCUCAGUUUUAUGAAAUGGAGCCGAUGUAAUUGGACAAUUGAGUCUAGUCAAUUUGGUCCUAUAAAUUCAACAAUGUAUUUUGAUAACCUUCCAUCAGGAUUCAAAAAUUUGACACCAGUAUUUUUGAAUCGAUAUGAGUCGGAAUUCAUUGACAAUGAUUUGGAUGUCAUUGAUCUACCGAAUAUUGAUGUCAAGAAGGAUUCAGUAAAGAGCGCCAAGUUGAAGAGAUGGGGUCAGUCUAAGCUAUAUGGGUUGGAAAGGUGUAUUGUUGAAGUACUUAACUCCAACGGUUGCAUCAGUAGUGUAACCAUAUAUUAA